AGGGAUCUAAAGACGAGCAAUAUUCUACUAGAUGGAGAUUUGAAUCCGAAGAUCUCAGACUUUGGAUUAGCAAGAAUUUUUGGAGAUGACCAAUCUAUUGCUAAAACAAAACGAGUUAUUGGGACCUAUGGCUAUAUGGCUCCAGAAUACGCUAUUGAUGGGAAGUAUUCGGUGAAAUCGGACAUCUUUGCCUUGGGAGUGAUACUGUUAGAGAUUGUGAGUGGAAAGAAGAACAGUGGCUUCGAUCACUGUGAUCACUAUCACAGCCUUUUGGGACAUGCAUGGUUACUGUGGAAAGAAAACAACAUUCUGGAGCUAAUGGAUGAAUGUUUGAGCAAUACAUUUAUCGAAUCUCAAGUGAAGAGAUGCAUACACGUCGGGUUAUUAUGUGUUCAAAAAUUUGUAGAAGAUAGGCCAGACAUAUCGUCUGUGGUUUCCAUGUUAGGAGGUGAUGGAGCAAUUCUUCCAGAACCUAAGGAACCUGGAUUUUUUGCUGAAAGGAGUCCGAGCUGCAGAACAAGAUCAUGUGAGGACACAUUCACCAUCACUGAGUUAGAAGCCAGAUGAGAAGGAUAUAGUUAUUCCCAUUGAUGUAAAUAUUAUUAUUUCUCUAAAUUCAUUCUGAUAUUAGAAGUGAGGAUAUCCCACAACUAAGAUGCUCAUUAUUUUAACCUUC